GGACACUAUUAGGGAGGGGUUUCAAGGUGCAGCACCUGUACCCAGGCUGUCUCCUUCCUCUCCUCCCGUCCACACCUAGACUGGGCAGCUGGGAGGUAGGACUCCUCCGGGAAGUGCCAGGCCACUCCUGCCUGAUUCCCCGCCCACUUCCACUUGUCUGCUGGCCUGGCGACUGGGUCCAGCUGACCUCUCUGUUUCUCAGAGAAAAAACUAUUGUUACUAGAGAACCCAGAAACAUUUGAGAGCCCCCGACGGUAAGGCCCUUGUCCUUGGCUGGCACAGGGGUGCAGGAGAGCUGGCAGCAGUGAGUGACCAGGCUGAUGUGCCCCCAGGAAAGUUCCUUCCAACCUUCCCAGUUCAUACUGCUGGUGGGGGUUCUGGUGGCAAGUGCCCUCCUUCUGGCUCAGUGCCUUCGAUGGCACUGUCCUCGAUGGCUGGUGGGGGCCUGCCGGAAGCCAGAUGGCCAAGAGGAGCCAGUGUCCCAGCCCACCCGCCUACCAGAAAAUGAGGCCCCAAGUCAGUGCCCACCAGCCACACUGCCGGAGAUGGCUGCCUUCUACCAGGAGCUGCACACACCCACCCAAGGCCAGACCAUCAUCCGCCAGCUGAUGCACAAACUCUUGGUGUUUUCUGCUCGAGAGGUGGAUCACCGCGGUGGCUGCCUGAUUCUCCAGGAUAUGGGCAUCUCCCUGCUCAUUCCACCAGGUGCUGUGGCUGUGGGCCGCCAGGAGCGGGUGUCACUGAUCCUGGUGUGGGACCUAUCGGAUGCCCCGUCACUGUCCCGAAGCCAGGGGCUGGUAAGCCCUGUGGUGGCAUGUGGCCCCCACGGGGCCUCAUUCCUGAAGCCUUGCACCCUCACCUUCAAACACUGUGCCCAGCAGCCCAGCCAUGCCCGCACCUAUAGCAGCAACACGACCCUGCUCGAUGCCAAGGCCUGGAGGCCCCUGGGGCGGCCAGGGGCUCAUGCCUCCCGGGAUGAGUGUCGCAUCCACCUCUCCCACUUCAGCCUCUACACCUGUGUGCUGGAGGUGCCAGCAGGGCGGGCAGCCCGCAAGUGGCUGCAGCUGGCCGUGUUCUGUUCCCCGCUGGUGCCAGGGCAGUCUCACCUGCAGCUACGCAUCUACUUCCUCAACAACACGCCCUGUGCCCUGCAGUGGGCUGUGACCAAUGAGCAGCCCCAUGGUGGGCGCCUGCGUGGGCCCUGCCAGCUCUUCGACUUCACUGAGGCCAGAGGGGACCAGUGCCUGAAGCUCAUGUACAUCUCUGAGGGCUGGGAGAACGUGGAUGACAGCAGUUGUCAGCUGGUUCCCCAUCUCCACAUCUGGCAUGGAAAGUGCCCCUUCCGCUCCUUCUGCUUCCGGAGAAAAGCAGCCAAUGAGAACGAGGACUGCUCGGCACUAGCCAAUGAGAUCAUUGUCACCAUGCACACCUUCCAGGACGGCUUGGAGACCAAGUACAUGGAAAUCCUAAGAUUCCAGACGUCAGCGGAGGAAUCCUGGACAGCACCACCCCCUGUCUCCCAGCCGCCCCCAUGCAAUAGGCUGCCCCCAGAGCUCUUUGAGCAGCUACAGAUGUUGUUGGAGCCAAACAGCAUCACGGGCAAUGACUGGCGCCGACUGGCCUCACACCUGGGGCUCUGUGGCAUGAAAAUCCGGUUCAUGUCCUGCCAGCGCAGCCCUGCCGCAGCCAUCCUGGAGCUGUUUGAGGAGCAGAACGGCAGCCUGCAGGAGCUGCACUACCUCAUGACCGUCAUGGAGCGGCUGGACUGCGCCUCCGUCAUUCAGAAGUACCUGGGUGGGUCGCAGGGUGGCAGCCCAGCCCCGGGCCGCUCGGGCUCCCUGGAUAACCAAGGGCUGGAGCUGGACGAGAAACUCUGAGCGCCCUGCUAUGGCGGGGCAGGGGGAGAUGCCGGCCGGUGGAUGUGCUCCCUAAGCCUAAGAAGAACUCAGCAGCUGUCACUGGCUGUGGCCAUCACCCUCCUUGGAACACUCGGACGGUGCCUGGGGACCUUGCCAGCCUCCCCGCGUCAGGACCGCCCUUCAGGUCCAAACUAUGUCCUGCAUGCAGAACCCCUCUUGGCCAGCAGGGGGGGCGGGAGCCCAGGAGAUGGCUACAGCACGGCCAGCCUCCUGCAAGCUAUGUAACAGACCAAGUGGACUGUCAUGUUGCCCUGUGGGCACUCCCUGGGGACUGGUCAGUCUGCAAGUAUCACUUUGUAAGAUCCAGCACUGGCCUGGUACCAUGCGGAAUACUAGACUCUAUGAAAUAGGGUCUGGAGCCUUGACAAGCACACAGUUUGCUUGCGGGAGUCAAGAUGUGCUCAUCUGAGCUGAGGGCAAAGUCUACAACAGCACGUACCCUGUGGUUAGGGACCGCGGGUGUGUAAUCAGCCAUACUGUGCUGUAGGAGCUGAGACGGGAGGAGGCUGGGUGUGGGCUCGAGCAGAAGAAUGCUUCCCCGGAGGAUGUUGGGGAGAGAGGAUUUGGACUUGCAGAAUGGGUCAGAGAUCUUUAGGUGGAGGUAAGGGGGAGAAGAUAACAGAGCUCUGUAGGAUCCAAGAGUAAGCAUGGAGGGCUGGAGGCACAAGGAAUCCAAACCGGUGGCUGGGAGGUGAGGGUAGGAUGAGGGUUCAAGGGCAGAUCUAGAGAUGGGCGGUCAUACCUGGCUUUCCAGGCCUGCCUCCUUUACCUUCCUUUAUCUUUACCCUCCUGCUCAUGCCUUCAUCUUCCCCCGUCUGCCUUUAUUUCUAUCAUAGAACAUUAAAGCUGAGGAGAAACUUCAAGAUUACCAUUCUUGCCCAACCUAUUAUCUCUUUAUCUCCAACUGUUUUUUUUUUUUUUAAAGAUGACCGGUAAGGGGAUCUUAACCCUUGACUUGGUCGUGUCAGCACCACGCUCUCCCAAGUGAGCUAACUGGCCAUCCCUAUAUAGGGAUCCGAACUGGUGGCCUUGGUGUUAUCAGCACCACACUCUCCCAAGUGAGCCAUGGGCUGGCCCCCCUCAGUCUUUCUGAGUUCGUUUUUCUGUCUGUCUCCUGCAGUUGCUCCAUCUCUGAAUCUGUGUCUCAUUCUGUUAUUUUAUGUUGUAGCAUCUUUUUGUCUCUCUCUAGUUACUGUGCCCUUUGUGUGUUUCUUUCUCUCUCUGAAACCCUCAGGCAAAUGUCUCUAAACCAAUGUUAUAUAUCAAAGGCUAUUGAAAGAGACUGGGCUACCCUGGGAAUGGAUGGGUGGAGAUAUUUUCCCCAUGAAUCAAGAUCCAGCUUAUGGUCAAGAAAUAAAGGAUAGGGAUUAAGGAAUACCCCCAUUCAAUCAACAAAUAUUUACUCAGCACCUACUAUGUGUCAGACACUGCCUACCAAAGAGAUGAAUGGGCUGGGCCCUGAAAAGAGAACAAAGGAUUUGACUCAUUCUGGUAAUGCUUUUGUUUGCAAGCAGGUGGUAUUAAUUUGUUUAAGGGCAUGCAAACAAUCUCUGGUAACAGUAACAACUUGUUUCUGUAUUUAAAAAAUAU